AUGGAACUAUGCACAGGAGGUGAACUCUUUGAUAGGAUCAUUGAAGUUGGACAUUUCACAGAAGUCCAGGCGGCUAUCAUCAUGCAGCAGAUUUUGCGGGCAAUCUACUACAUGCACGAAAACCAUAUAAUGCAUCGAGACUUGAAACCGGAAAAUUUCCUUUUUUCUACUAAAGAACCUCUCGAGAAGUCCUGCUUGAAGAUAAUAGACUUUGGACUUAGCACGAAAUUCGGCAAAGACGAUAUAAUGACGACUAAAGCGGGCACUCCGUAUUAUGUUGCCCCUCAAGUACUCGCUGGAAAGUAUGAUGAAUCUUGUGACCUUUGGAGUUGCGGUGUUAUAAUGUAUAUUUUAUUAUGUGGUUAUCCUCCUUUUUACGGCGAGACUGACGCUGAUGUCCUCACUAAAGUUCGGCUUGGCAACUAUACUUUUAACGCUAGUGAUUGGAAAGGCAUCUCUGAAGAUGCUAAGGAUCUCAUACGGAAGUUGUUGAAGAUAAACCCUCGAGAUCGUUACACUG